AUGGCUUUACCGCUCCCCUCAGGGCUGACCCCCUCAGAGGUCUCUUUUUUGUGUGAAAUGGAACUCGUCACUGUCGUACCUCGCCAACGUCUCGAAAGCAUUGAUCUUCUAACGGGCACAACACCAACCCUCCGACCACCGCAUCGAAGUAAUAUACCAUUAUGGCUAGCCAUUCUCCUUAAGAAGCAACGCCGUGCCAACAUUGUUCCUCCUCCAUGGCUGCAUCCCGAUUCGUUGCGUGAUGUCGUCCACCACGAAACAAAGGUCGACCCUAAAGGCUGGGCACCACCGCCUCCGCCACCCGUACGAGCAGACAGCCUGGGGAAUGCUAGGAGGCUAAAUCCGUUCAUGAGCGACGAGACGGUUCUGUCGCCGCCGUUUCUUCCCUCUUGCACAUCAGAUGCCCCGUCAGGCUCCCUACCAUACCACUGGUUCGAAGUUGCCGAGAUGCUCCUGGCGCAUGCCUCGGACGAUAUUGCGUCCUCGUCGGAAGUUCGUUCGCUACUACGAGAUCUACAAGAAGUUAGAGCUGCAAAGAUGCGCUCCAGUACUGCUCAACUCGAGGGUGGAGUCGACGGUGUCAUGAGCUUGCGCGGAGUAGGAGCUAUGGAGCUUGCAGAGAGCAGGGGAUUUGUCGUUGGCGUUGUUGAAGGCGUGAGGAAACUUGGCGCAAGCACGGAAACAUCGCGGAGAGAAGAGGAGGAAGAAGGUGGCGGACAAGAGUCGGAUGAACCGAGUGACGAAGAUAUGGGACUAUGA